AUGUCUCGUCAUAGCGAUCCAGCGGAAACGUCUAUAAGGCAAAACAUCAUUGGGCCUAGUCAUGUAAUGAGAAAGACAGACGACAAAUGGACACUAAGAUUUCUGGAUUGGAAUCCCCGCGACGCAAAACGUCUCGAGGGAGGCCACGGAGCAGGAGGGUUUACGUUUUCGUUGCAAACGAGCAAGGGAUCUAGCGCGAACGUCGCCGCCGCAGUUCUGUAUCGUGGAUGA